AUGAUGAAGAUUAUAUUAAUCGUCAUGCAAAUGGUCCAGGAUGUAAAAGGAAAGAUGGACAAUAAAGUAUUUUAUGUUUUUUUUGCAAAAUCAACAACAGAUGAAGAUGAUAAUAUAGAUAAUGAAAAUUUGGAUGAUGACUGGAUAAUUGGGAGAGUGAAAACAUCAGCAAGUUAUGGUGGAGUUCGUCAUGUUGAAGUAAUUGCUAAAGAAAUAUUUCCAAAUAAAUUUCCUCAUAAAUUUACAAGAAAAAAACUUACAACAUCACAAAAACGUGCAUUAAAUCAAAAAAUUUAUGCAGAAUCUCAAUGGCGUGUUGGUAAAAAAUGUAUUGUGGUACACGCUAAAAUAUGCAUGGGAUAUUCUGAAAAAGAGAUUUGUGAUGAAUGUUUAGCAUUAAAACACAAUAAUCUAUUAGAAAAUCGUCUUGCCAUCCUAAAACCAGCACCUCAAAAUCUCAAAUUUACACCAAAAUUUUAUUUUGAAAUUAAUUAA